UGGUAUCACGAGAGUGCGACAAACGACUUACACACGACAUACGAGUAAGCCGCGCGAGACUUGGGAGAAUUCAUCUGCUACCUUUGGGAUUAGCUCCAUAACUCGGGAGCACAUAAAUUUAUUUGUUUUAAUUUUCAAAUCAAUAGUGUGUCAAUUUCUUGACAAUGUCUAAUCGUGACAGUAAAUCCAGAUUAUAUAAAAUGAUAUAUGGACAUGGGGAUAUGUGGGAAACAUUUCUUAGUGGUAUGGCUGAGUUAGUUGGUACAGCAAUGCUAGUAUUCCUUGGAUGCGGUGGAUGUAUUGGGAGUUUGGGAGUUGUCCCGUCGCAUUUGCAAAUAACUUUGACUUUUGGUUUUGCCGUUAUGAUUGUUAUUCAGUGUUUCGGUCAUAUAAGUCAUGCCCACGUGAAUCCCGCAAUGACGGUUGGAUCUGUGGUACUGGGAAUGAAAUCAAUAUCCGAAGCUACUGUGUACAUUGUGGCACAAAAUCUCGGUGGUAUUUUGGGUUACGGACUACUCAAGCUCAGCACACCAACUGGUUUAUUGUCGAACGGUGAUCCAGAAGCUGCUUCGACGUUUUGCGUAACGAUGGUAAACCCAAAAGUUUCAGGUGCACAAGGUUUUAUGGUGGAAAUGAUGGCAACGAUGACAUUAAUGUUGAUAGCAUGUGCAGUUUGGGACAGACGUAAUGCAUCCAAUACAGACUCAACUGCAAUAAGAUUUGGUCUAGGUGUAACUUGUCUCGCUACUGUUUUCGGACCAUACACUGGCUGCAGUAUGAAUCCAGCACGAUCUUUUGCUCCAGCCAUUUGGAAUAAUUCAUGGUCGGGACAUUGGAUUUAUUGGUUUGGUCCCAUUUCCGGUGCUGCGAUAGCUUCUUCUCUUUAUCGUCUGGUUUUCGGUAUCAAAGCUGAUAGCCAAGACAUACUAACAUCCAUUCCCGAGAGUAUUCAUCUGAAUUCUACUGAUACAGACAAAUUUGAGAGGGCUUGAUGCAAUUUUGAGAAUUUGAAACUAAGGUUUUAAAGUUCUCUGUAGUUUCGUGCAAGCAUCUCAAGCACGUAAAACAGAGUAAACAUGAUCAAAGAAGUAAAGCGAAAGUACACAACAAUAUCUCGAAAGUUUAGUCUUCCACGCAUCUUCUCUCUCAUCUGAGUAUAAGACAUUAUGCAAAGGAGAUUAUAAACGGUUGAAUCAAUAAAUACUCUGAUAAUUUUGGUGAACUAUAUUAUAUUAAUAAUAAUAAUAAUAAUAAUAAUAAUAAUAAUAAUAAUAAUAAUAAUAAUAAUAAUAAUAAUAAUAAUAAUAAUAAAUUUAACAAUAUUAACUUAUCAUUAUAUGUGUCAUUUGUCUCUUACUGUAAUAAAUUUGCUGAAUGAAUGCAAAUUAAAUCCGGAGUGAAUUCGGAGCCGAUGACUGUUUAUUUAUUUAAUCCCCUGGGAGUGAAUGCAGAUUGAAAUAAAAUCCAGACCACUCCGAAUUCACUCCCGAUUUUUUACAGUGUAUUUAAGUUUUACUACAACAUAUUUAAUUUAUAAAUAAAUCCUUAUAUAUUUUAUGUAAGUUAAUAAACCUCCUUGUAAAUUUUUUUUAUGUAUACUCAAAUAAAUAUAUUUUUUAACAUA